AUGAUUGAUGAGUCGCGUGACAUGUCAUGCAAAGAGCAAAUGGCUGUUGUUUUGAGGUACGUCGACAAAAAAGGGCAUAUAAUGGAGCGUUUCCUUGGCAUUCAACAUGUGUCUGAAACGACAGCUAUUUCACUAAAGGCUAGUAUUGAAGCUUUAUUUGCUACUCAUGGUUUAACUAUUUCAAGAUUACUUGGUCAAGGUUAUGAUGGAGCAAGUAAUAUGCAAGGGGAGUUCAACGGCUUGAAAGCUCUUAUUUUGAGAGAUAAUCCGACUGCGGACUUUGUCCAUUGUUUUGCACAUCAACUCCAAUUAGCUCUCAUAGGUGUCACAAAAAACCACAAUGAUGUUGGAGAUCUUUUUAACUUUGUCACUAGUAUCUUGAAUGUUGUUGGAGGAUCGUGUAAAAGGCGAGAUAUCCUUAGAGAUAAACAAGAGGCCAAGAUCAUUGAAGCACUUGAGGGAGGAGAAAUUUCAAGUGGAAGGGGUUUGAAUCAAGAAACUACUCUAAGACGACAUGGUGAUACACGGUGGGGCUCACAUUAUCUUACAUUGGUUCGGUUGGCUUCUAUGUUUUCUUCCGUACUUGAUCUACUUGAGAUUAUUAGAGUGGAUGGUUCAAGCUCUGAACAUAAGACUGAAGCUGCUGUCUUAUUAGAGGUAAUGCAAUCCUUUGACUUUGUUUGCACUCUUCAUUUAAUGAUGAAAAUAUUGGGACUUACAAAUGAACUCUCACAAGCAUUACAAAGAAAAGAUCAAGACAUUGAGAAUGCAAUGGAUUUAGUGAAAGCAUCUAAGAUACGCUUGAGAAGUAUGAGAACUAGUGGUUGGGAUAGUUUGUUAGAGGAAGUUUCAUGCUUUUGUGACAAGCAUGACAUUGAUGUUCCUAACAUGAAAUAUUUAUAUAAAGCUCGUGGCCGUCCAAGAAGGAAUGCUCCAAAAAUCACCAACUUGUUUCAUUUUGAAGUUGAAUUGUUUAACACUAUCAUAGAUAGACAAGUUCAAGAGCUUGAUAAUCGGUUCACUGAGACAACAACAGAAUUACUUCGUUGUAUAGCAUGCUUGAAUCCAAGUGACUCCUUCUCUCCUUUCAAUAAGGAAAUGUUGGUUUGUCUUGCUAAAUUCUAUCCAGAAGAAUUUUCUAUGGUGGAUCCUAUGGUGCUUGGUAAUCAACUUGAGACUUAUAUUAUUAAUGUGCGUAACAAUGAAAAAUUUUCAGGUAUCAAAGGUAUUGCGGGUCUUGCUCAAAAGAUGGUAGAGACAAAGAAGAAUGUAGUGUUUCCGUUCGUGUAUACGCUUAUCACGUUGGCAUUGAUCUUACCGGUUGCAACUGCAACUGUGGAGAGGGUGUUUUCUGCUAUGAAUAUUGUGAAGAGCCGAUUGCGUAACCGAAUGGGAGACAAAUGGAUGAAUGAUAGCUUGGUUGUCUAUAUUGAGAAAGAAAUUUUUAGCAGUAUUGAUAAUGAGACUAUUAUGAAGCGAUUUCAGAAUAUGAAGACUCGUAGGGAAGAACUAAAGUGCGACCCCGGUGACAAUUCAUCCCAACUCCGUCAUUGUAGCAUCAUAGCUAGGCAAAGUCGUGCUGGCCUGAUGUAUCCUUCAGGAACUGGACAACCUAAAGCAGACAAUAUUUUUGAUGUGUAUGGGCUGAAAAAUUAUAAUAUUGUAUCGAAGCAUGUGCUCGAUCCUCAAGACCUCCACCCGAUAGCGUUUGGGUCACCGUGGGCCUUUCAGAUUUGGACCACCUGA